AUGAUGUUGUCAAUGCCGAAAAGCAAUGCUUCCAGUUCCUCGGUUACAGCGAAAUCUGGUCCAGAUUCGGCGGGAGGUGGUGGUGGCACCGGGACAGCUGGUGGAGGCGGACCGGGCAGUACGGGUCCCUUUCUCGCUCACCACUCUCAGGCAGGCUCCACUCAACCGCCUUCCGAGCUUGUGCCUUCUUCGACGGGUCUAGAGAAGGCACAGCAACUCAACGUGGCCACCGACAUGGCUCUUGUUGUGCGUGCUAUG